AUGAAAUUAGAAACUUUCUUCAAAGUUACGAAGAUUAAAAGACCAAACUUCCUUACAAAAUGUGCCUUUGAAGUUUUUCAAAAAAUUCCUGAUAAAUUUUCCAUUGAUAAGUCAAAUUGUGAAUGUUUAUUUAUAGGUAAUUUUGAGCCUAAAAAAUUGAAUUCUUCCAUUUUUACUAUAAUUGAGGAAAUGAAAUCAAUAAGCGUAAACGACUUAAUGUCUUUAAUUUCACAUGAAUACCAGGAAGUCAUUAGAGAAGCCUCAAAUCCAUUUAGAUAUUUAGGAAAGCUUCAGAAACUUGAAUUCAAAGGACUUAUUGAUAUAGAAACUGACAAUGAAAAUAGAAUUUACAUCCGAAUAUCCAAAGAUCCAACCAGUAAUACUACUUUUCAAUAUAAAAACCUAUCAUUUGCACAAACACCCUUAAAUUACAAUUCAAGGGCUGAGUUCGUUCAACAUUUCCAAAAGUGUUCUAAAGAAGAUUUCAAAAGCAAAGCUGAAAGUAUUUUGCCAACAAUUUUCAGUAGAGCUGAGCAAAAAUCAAUGAAGAAAUACAUCAGCCUAUUUUUAAAAGAAGAAAAUAUUAGUACACAAAACAAUACAGUUGUAAGAAAAGGAAAUAGUUUAUAUCUUCAAGAACAUCAGUUUGAAUUGUAUUUAAAGAUUAAAAAAGCAUUGAUAUUUCAGUUACCGAUUAAUUUUAAAAUAUUGACAGGAUAUGAAAAUAUUGAUAUUGAAGACGUUUUAGAAUACAUGGUAAGUCAUGGUAUUGCCUCAGGAUAUCGUUCACUCUCCUCACUCUCUAGAAUGUAUCUUAACAACAAAUUUAAGUCAUUCUUAGGUGACUUAAUUCCUGAACCAUCUUCAACACUUGUGGAUGAUCAUAAAUAUUUUAAGAUUGUGUUUCCAAAAAUAUUUUCGAUUGUGAAUGAGCUUGGUUCUAUUGAUUUUGAGCAAUUGGUUGUCAAAUCUAAAUAUUUUGAACCAUUUGAGAUUAGAAUGAUUCUUCACGAAUAUUCCAGCUGUUUUUCAAUCAGAAAGGUCGAUGAAUUUGAAUUUAUCAGCAUAGCUAACAUUCAAGACCCUUUUGAUUAA